CAAAAAAGUUGUGAAACCCCACCCUCCGCUUGCCUGUAAGCAGCGACGCAGCAGUGGUUCGAGGAGCGGAGCAGCGACCGAGGCGGAGGAACGGAAUUAGAACUUAUGAUGGAGUUGUUGCGCCGUUCCGACACCGACUGUAGCACCGAACCGGACCGGGCCGGACUCUGAGCUCCCACGGCGGAUCAGUGUUCACGCUUUGUCUCCGGGUAGAGAAGUCGAGAAGGUUUGGAGAGCUCUUCCUGUUACAAAGUUCCUACGUUUUGUUUUGAUAAAGAUCGCCACCAUAUCCGCUCUUCCUGUUACCAACAGCAUGGAUGAAGUGGCGCAAACAGAUGCGGGAUUUCCAGCUGGGGCGCCGCAACGUUGCGCUCAAACGCAGUUAAGGGAUAUUUGGGCUUAAAUAAUGCGAAGUGGUCAGCGCUUAAAGAGCAGUCAUAAGCGCUGGUUGGCUGGACCGAAGGCUCCUUUCCUGCUAUUCUUCUCGGCGCUUCCUGCUUGUGGCAAGUGCACUUAAUGGCUAAAAAUACACCAAACACUCCAAACGGACGCCUGGUGGCUUCAAAAUGCUGAUGUGGAGCUGCAGCACCGACAUUUAGGAACGACUCCACCGAGGAUCUUUUCCUCCUCGUCUCUCUGAGGUUCAGCGGAGCAGGUGUUGGUUUGGGAUGAGAGCUGGUUCAGCCACGCUGAGGGGAUUAAGAGCCUUUCACGCAGAUUGGUGAAAUGAGAUUGCGCUCAAACCACGUGCUGGGAAACCACAGACCACAUCAGAUCAACUCAGAGCGGCUCGGUGGGAACUGUGCUGUCUUUCUUGGACUGGAGAGACUUAAAGUGGACCAAACUGUCCACGUCCUGCUGGGAUGGACCGCCUUUAACUUUAGCAUCAAGACAAAUGAAAGACACUGAGUUGUCGUCUUUAGCCCACCUGUUGGUCUGACUUUUGAACACAUUUCACUGGUCCCUGAUGACCCAACCAGCAAGACAGGAAAGGGAGCGAGGCGCGAUAAAGUACUCCUUUGUACUUUAUUUUCAAACCCCUGGGGUGCAGAAUCAAAUCCAGUCUAAACAUCUGCUCGAGGCUCCAUGGAGCCGCUGAAGAACAUAUUCAGUCGUGGCUCACUGUCGAACUGGAAGAAUUUAGAGCAGUCAAAAAAAGGGAACUUCAUCAACCCGGUGUGGACGGUCUUAUUUGACUACGAAGCAUCUUGUAAAGAUGAGCUCACCUUGCGUAAAGGUGACCUGGUGGAAGUCCUCUCUCAGGACUCUGAGAUUUCAGGGGACGAGGGUUGGUGGGCAGGGAAGGUCAACAACAAGGUGGGCAUCUUCCCUUCCAACUACGGCUCCUUCAAACCAAGUGGAUAUGCAAAGCUUCCUGGAAGCAACGUUGUCCACGAGCUCGACCACGACGUGGUUGGUAAUUUAGAACCAGAGGAGGUGGAUUUCCGGGAGCUGAGCUUGGAGGAGGUGAUUGGGGUCGGGGGCUUUGGGAAAGUCUACCGUGGUACAUGGAGGGAUGAGCUGGUGGCCGUGAAGGCGGCACGGCAAGACCCGGACGAGGACAUCAGCGUGACGGCGCAGAACACCAGGCAGGAGGCCCGUUUGUUUGCUAUGCUCAACCAUCCCAACAUCAUUACCUUGAAGGGCGUCUGCCUACAGGAACCCAACCUGUGCCUCAUCAUGGAGUACGCCUCUGGUGGGCCACUGAGCCGGGCGCUCGCAGGUCGCCGCAUCCCACCUCACGUCCUGGUCAACUGGGCCGUGCAGAUAGCCAGAGGGAUGCUGUACCUACACAGUGAAGCCAUCGUUCCGGUCAUUCAUCGGGAUCUCAAGUCCAACAACAUCCUUCUGGCCCAGCCCAUAGAGAACGAGUGCAUGGAGGGCCUGACGUUGAAGAUCACCGACUUUGGCCUCGCCAGAGAGUGGCACAAGACCACGAAGAUGAGCACGGCCGGCACGUACGCCUGGAUGGCCCCCGAGGUCAUCAAGUCCUCCACCUUCUCCAAGGGCAGUGAUGUCUGGAGUUACGGAGUGCUGCUGUGGGAGCUGCUGACGGGAGAGGCCCCAUACAGAGGGAUCGAUGGCCUCGCCGUCGCCUACGGAGUCGCCGUCAACAAGCUCACCCUGCCUAUCCCGUCCACCUGUCCUGAACCCUUCGCUCAGCUCAUGUCAGAGUGCUGGGACCAAGACCCCCAUCGAAGGCCCAACUUUGACUCCAUCCUGUCUCAGCUGACGGCUCUGGAGCAGCAGGUGAAGGACGAGAUGCCUCAGGAUUCCUUCCACUCACUGCAGGAGGACUGGAAACUGGAGAUCCAGGACAUGUUUGAUGAACUCCGGGCCAAAGAGAAGGAGCUGCGGUGCCGAGAGGAGGAGCUGAAGCGAGCGGCUCUGGAGCAGAAGUCCCACGAGGAGUUCCUGCGUCAGCGUGAGCAGCAGCUGGCCCAGUGGGAGCAGGAUGUGUUCGAGCGCGAGCUCAGCCUCCUCAUCCUCCACCUGAACCAGAACCAGGAGAAGCCCAACGUCAAGAAGAGGAAGGGCACGUUCAAGAAGCACAAGCUGAGGAACGGAGAGAUCAGCAUGCCCCAAGAUUUCAUCCAUAAGAUCACGGUGCAGGCCUCUCCUGGUCUAGAGAAGAGGAGGAACUCCCCUGAUCUGGUUCUAGGCUCUUCACCCUCCCUAGGCCCUCGGUUUCGUGCAAUUCAGCUCAGUCCCAGUGACAGCAGCCGGAGGUUUGGUCUCAGCCCGGUCCGGUCCUUGGAGGCCCCCUCGCUCAAGCAAUCAAAUGGAGAUCUGAGGUUGAACCCCCACUGGAGGCCUCAGAGCCCAAAGAGUCCCAAAAGUCCUAAAGUCCUGCGCCUCAGUCCCCAGGAGAGCAGUCUGUCGAUGCGGGCCAAGCUGCUGGUGUCAGACAGCGUCCAGAAUGGAGAACCCAGGGAGGACUUUGAGGAGUACCGACCGCCCACACCGACCCCUCCCCCUGCUCAGAAUGGAUCCUCGGGGAAGGACAGCCUGCGGCUCCCCCCCUCUCAGGGAGACUCCGGCAGUGAGGAAGGAGGUUACUCCCCAGCUGGCUCCCCCAUGCCUGAGAGGGGGUCUCACAGCGGCAUAAUUAAGAACACACACCGGGCUCUGCUGGGCACUGGCUUCAUCCUGGCAUCUGUAGGACUCGGCCGAUGCCUGGAGAUCCCUCCCAGGGUGCCUCCUCGAACUAACCCCCCUUCCUCAGAGGAACGCUCCUCCUCUGAGAUUGAGAUCUCCUACCCCAGACCCCUGAUCACAGACCCCCCUGUAGUGGACGACCUCAUCACCUUCUCCACCUCUGAGCCGCUCCCCAAACCACUUCUGGAUUUAGCCCUGCAGUACCAGGAGCUGAAACCCCUGCAGCUGACGCCGCCCCCGCCCAACCCCCGUGAGAGGUCUGGACCCCGGACACCACAGCUGCACCACAGCCCGCCAAGUCCAGGACCUUCGCUGCAGCUGGACAGAGCCAGCCCAGGGGACUGGACCCUCAGUUCUGGUUCCAGCAACGGGGAGUUGAGCUGUGAGAGCUUGGAGCACAGAUCUGACAGGAGGAGGAGGUCCAGCCAAGGCCUGCAUGCUUCUCAGCUAGUUUUAGAUCUGCCCAUGUGCCAAGACACGCAGGACUCCGAGGACAAGUCUUCCACGCCCUACUAUCUCCACCCUAGCCCUGCUCUCUGGAGCCCCAAAACCCGCCGCCUGGACGUCAGCAUCAUACCCCGGCCCCGCCCCUCACCCAUCCGACACCGCAUCGACCCCUGGAGCUUCAUCUCGGCCGGCAGCGGGAACCACAGCCCAGUCCGCUCAGACGGCAGCCUUUUGGGCUACCAGCCCUCGCCCACAAACCCCUUCACCAACUGCGACCCUUUUCCCUCUCCGGACUGUGACCCCUUCACCCUUAAAGUGGACCCCUUGAGCUCCUCGGACACUUCCUCUCCAUUUGAUCCAUUUUCUGCUCCCUUUCCCACUUCCCGCUCGGCUCCGUGUUCCACCAACGGCUCCCCGACCAUGCCGUUGUUUCGCAUCGUUCCCAUGAACCCCUCUGACUCGCCCCUCAUCGACCUGGGCUGGGACGCCUGCAGCAAGCCUCUGGAUGUGACCAAAGAGAGGGCCCAUCCUCGCAGAACACUGGGACUCAAGCCCUUCAAGUCCCCGACGCAACUCCGAGACGACCGGUUCUAAAUCCGACCUCACUGCCUCGUGGUGGUUAAGAACUCCAGAUUUAAUCUCGGCUAUUCAGUCCAGGACUCUUUUCCCUGUGUUCUUAUUUUGUCACAAAGAUUUAGAAUCUUUAGGAAAGGAAAGGAAAGAAGAAGCCUUCGGAGGGAGAUUUGCCCCCAUGGGAGCACCAAUCAUCACAGGUCUUAUUUAUACACCAACCCACUGCUUUGGGAAAGCAGGAAUCCAAGGAAAGGUGGUACAGUCAAUGGUGGGAUCACUUCCUGAGAUUAACCAAUAGCUGGUGCUCGUUCCCUUUCUUCCCGUCUCUCUUUUGCUCCUCUCCUUUGAAGGGGGGGAAUCCGGAUCACCAGCCGUAUCUUCAGGUUCUGUCGGAGCCCCUACCUCUGAAGCGAUGUGACAAUGCAGAGGUGGACCUUCCUCCUCUUCCUCUGCUGACUGGAAAGAUUCAGGACAGCGGAAACGAACGGCGUGCCUUAUUUUGUGAAGUCUCUAACAUAAAUCUGUUCAAGGUUUCUUAAUCUGGUGUGUAGCGGAGAUGGAACGAAUUUGGCCCCAACUUCCAGAACAUCUUCCAGUUUCUCUUCUAAAUCAUGUCCGUUGCACUUUGGGAGAAUCCAAUCAGAGCUGGUAUUCUAGCCCCGCCCCCUCCUAAGUUCAAGGCCAAACAGUGACCCAGACAUUCCCUGUAGAAGCAGAUAGCAUUCCAGUCACAUUCCUCAGGAAAUUCCAGGGGUUGGACAGUUUCAUUUGGCUGGCGGGAAGCGAGACAGGGAGCCCCUCUGCCCUCCCCAGGGUGUGAGGGCUCGGACAGGGAAAUAAACGUUUUCCGAUAAGCCGUGUGUGCCUCUGUGGUGCCAGGUGGGAAUACGAGGGAUUCAUGAGCAGCACCAAUAACGCCUCAGCGUAAACGCGUCUCCGUGUCUGCACGCGUUACAGAACAUGGACUUCUGACAUUUGUGGGAAAACUCAACAGUUAACGAAACAUCCCAGCAGUAGAAACUGUCUCGUGUUCCAGGAAUGUAAAAUCCUGCAAAUAAUGACCAGAUCAUAAGUUUGGCUUUUAAAAUGUGCAGUUUGAGACCUUCAUGCAGGAGUGGGAUCGGAAAACAGUCCUGGAAUACUGUCCCUCAGAUUAAAGCACGUGGAGGUUCAGUUCAGCACAUAAUACAGAAUAACACCGACAACCUUUAGGUCGCCAAAUAGAUGUUUAAAUAUUUAUUUUGGAUCAUUUUAACUGAGAUAUUCACCAAAAACUCCGCUGCUGAUCACAGUCGGCUACUAUUAGGCAUGAGCAAUGUAAUCUGGUGAUAGGCUAAUCCCAAUCCCACAGUCUGAACAGUGUUCCUGGUUCAUGAAGCAGCAUGCUAAGCCAGCAAUAACAUAUGGAGUUUUUUACAUCUAGAAUCAAAGUUUUUAGGGAAGUCUGCAUCAAAAAACACUGUUUUAGGAUUCUGAUCAUCCAUAAUCUGGUCAUGGGUAUUGAUUGGCUCCCUCUUUCUCCUUAAGCUAAACUCUCUGAGGUCAUGUUGAUGUUUACAACCCUCACCCUGUCACACUCAGAAGUUUUUCCCAAAGUUACAUUUAAUAAAAUCUGUAGGUUUUGUUGAAAUGAGUUUUUUGGGACCUAAUUUCUUUGUCAAAUCCUGAUUUCACCACUUCAUCUCAUACUUUAGUGAUAUUCUGGCCGGCUGUAGUUACUGAGCAGCCUCCGUUAACCUGUACGUCCUUCAGGACUGAUGAGCUAGUACAUUUUCACAUAAUUAGGUUAUUUUAGCAGAAACAUUAGAAAAACCUUGUUGUUCUUGUCUUGUCUCCAUGGUGACGCGGACAUUUUGCUGCUGUUGUUGAUGUUUACUUUUGUAAAUAACCUAAACAUUCCAUAUAAAUAUCCGUAGUGGAAAACGAUGAUGUUACGAUGCCAUUGUCUGGGCUGAGCUCACAGACUAGCCGUUAGCUCAUCAGUCCUGCUGGACGUAAGCUUUAUAACUUGUGUUGGAACGAUUCAGAACCUGUUCAUUUCCCUGGAGAGUGUGUGUAACAUGGCCGAACGAUGGCGGUCAUCAUUAGUUUAUCAUCAGAUGUUCUUGAUUAACACAACCAGAAGCUGCUGAGCCAGUGAGCGGCUGAAAGAGACCCACCUUCUCCUGUUAGCCGUGUGUUUUUGUAUACUGCAUAGUGCGAAUCAUGACUGGCUGCUUCCCUGGAGCCACGUCAUCUUCAAACAAUAACAGCUUUGUUACGACGCUGACUGACUGACGUCUCCAGAUGAGAGAGCGGCUCUGUGAGGAAGCCAGUAAUCCUACAGACGCACGGAGGAAGCUGAUAGCGAUAAUUAGUCUCUCGAUAAGAGCAGCCGGCAUUAGCAGAUAUGUGGCUAAUUAAUUAGGAUCGGUGAUAUCAAAGGGCCCUACCAGGCGAGGUGUCCAUCAGCUGACUAAUAGAUUCAGGCUGUCCUCUUGUUUUUGUUUUUAACGUUCACAAAUGGUUUCUGUUGCUCCAGCUAAUCGGAACUUUGCAUCCUGGACGAGCCCCCAGUUUAGAUUCUACCUCAUUGGUCUGAUGCAUAAAAUAAGGACUUUGAUUUUCAAACCUCACCAAGCAGCUUUAGAGGUGUGACCAGGUAACUUGAGUCAAUGAGAAGGGUGGAAGACUCCGAGUUCAGCGUUCAUUAACGCCCGAGUCUAGGGAUGGAAUAGGGCAGCAUUUGUUCUAGAGCAGAGCUAAUAUACUAAGUCAUGCUUGUUUGACUUGCUCCAAAUCUGUGCUCCUUAUCUACUGGGUGUCCAAGUGCAUGCACAUGUUGGUCCGGUGGUUCUGCAGCUGAACGUUGACUGAAUCCACCCUACAAAGCUAACAAAGCUAAAGACAAACAACAGCGACACACAGACUAAUGAUGAGUUACCGGCUCGCCUCUUUAUGUCAAAGAAAAGAGCCGUCCUCUGAUAUCAUUACCCUCGGGUGGCGGCUGUUGUGAUUAAAAAAAGGUGCUUUAAGAAAACGGAGAUGAUUGAAAGAUUUGGGAACUUGUUCCUCAGAAGCGUCCUCUUCACCAGGAUCAGGGUUUUCACGGACGCGCAGCUGGAAAGCUGGUUAGCGUCUUUGUUGUUUUCUAUUUAAUCAUUGAAAACAUAAAACAUUACUGGCAAUAAAGGAGUCUCUCGUGCUUUUCACACAUCAUGACUUUACUACCUGCAGUCCGGUGGGGAAUGUGCUGGUAAUCACUUCUGCUACAUAGCGACGCAGAACGAAGACUUUUUCAGAUCUGAUUUGUAGUUUUGGCUGAUUUAAAAAACAACAUGAAGAUUUGAGCGCGUCAGACUUUGACAGAGGUGUCUGGUUCUUGGUUUUUGCUGUCAGCUGUAGGAAGCGUAGCUGCCAGUCGCCCGCCCGGGCUGACAGGCUGCACUUCAGUAAGGAGUCUUUCUCUGAACUCCUCACAUCCAGGCAGUCGUCUUCAGAUCAAACUGACAGGAAACACAGAGCUAUGAGCCCUCUCAGUCCCGUUAAAGUUGAAUAAAAAUGCUAUCAGAGCAGCAAAAACAUCUCGUCAGUUUGAUUAUUCUACCGAUUGGAAGGCGAUUAGAAACAAAACUAAAGCAGAAUCACGAGUCGUGUCUGCGAACUCUUCCAUGUGUUUAUCCCACGUAUUACUGACCCUCACAGCCACCGCUUUUAAACCAACUUCAGGAAUGUGGAAGCUGACUUCAUUAAAACGGUUAGUGCAGAGGGCUGCAGGUGACUCGCUCUUUAAUAGGUGAGCAAAGGGAAUUUAAUGUCAGCGACUUCAACGACCAUUAGAAGCAAUAAUCUGAUCAAUCAUUUCUGUGCCGAGCACCGGAGAGAAGAGGGAGCCAGCUGGAUGGAGCCGGUGGGCGAACUGACCCGGCCCUGGAACAAAACCGGCGCAGGAGCUUCUGCUGCUGAGCAGAAAUAAAGGAUCCGUCGGGAAAAGCUAGCCUCUGGUUUGUGAGGUGAUCAGUGCUGCUGCACUCCCGAGAGAUCAGAAAAAGGUGGUUUUACCCUGGCAGGGGUUUCCGUGGCGCGCUCUCAUUUACCGUUGCUAGCUGUUUGAGUGGAUGCUACAAAUCCACCUGAUGCAGCUGCUCCACAGCUUGCUGCUGGAGCCAGACCCUUUGUUUUCCAUUCUGGUGACUUAUUAAACCGAAACACCUGCCUGGACCUUUGUUUGGCCCUAAUAGGCCAAAUGAUCAAAUAUGACCUUUCAGUGGCCAUGUAGGCACAGCUCGUCCCUGUGGGGGGGCUGCCAGGUGCAGAGUCUCAGGCUUGAGUCUGUGGAAAUGUGAAUAUGAUAACUAAUUCCUUCACUGUGUGUGUCCAAGGUCACAAUCUGCUGUCCUUUUCUCUUCCAGUAACAAUGCAGACGGAGUGAAUGGGAGGAAGGCUGGUUUUGUUUCCAGGAGCUCGGCGCUGGCUCCUGCAGAGAACUGGCACUGCGUCGGGAAAAUAAACAGAUUUCUGCGAGGUUGUUAGGUCCAGGGCCUGAAUACACCUCUUCGCUCCACUUGACGGCGUACGACAGCCCCGCGCUCCUGAUUACUGUUCUGUGCCGUUACUGACACUCAAUUACAAAGUCAUCUUCCUCUAGCAGAGGUCAUUUAAAUAGUAAAUGUCUGUUUCUGGAGCUUUCAGUGAGCCUGUCGCAAAUCAGUCCGGUGGAGUAAGCGGCUGUGUGUCCCAGACAUGAAGGCUCGGUCAGGAUUUUGUGAUUUUGGUUCUCCUCGCGGUAAUUUUCCACUCAGGGCUCAAGAACCAUCUUUACAUUAGGAAAUGGCUUAUGGAUGAGCCAGUGGAGUGUAGCCAGUCGGACAACAGCGAACCAGUGACCGCUUGUGUAGGACGGUGAGGAUUAAAGGGAGGCUCGGGCGAGGCUUGGGGGGUUUAACAGUAGGUGGUCUCUUUCAGGUGCUCAUGGGGGCGGAACACCUAAAGAUCCACCCAGAGCUAUUAGAACGGGUCAGAUGUUCCACAGCAUCAUCCGUCUUUUCAUUCCCUCUCAGCUCCCUGCCAGCCAGCGGAGGACAUUCACACCAGUUCCACACAAAAACCUCCAUGACUGGCCGUCUUUUCAAACACUGGAUUGAGACUAUUGAAGGUGGACCACUGACACAAUCUACGUUAAGAUGGUGAUUGGAAGGAAACGUAUUAAAUGUAAGUUUUCACUGGAGCCUUUAAAGCCAGCAUGUCACAGGGCUGUUGACUUUUGACACGUGUCCUCACCGGGUCCUUCUGGGAGAAGUUACCAAACCGGAGUCGUCGCUUUCCUCUGAAAGGGUUGGCUUCAGACUGUCUGGAGGUUGCUUUACAUCUGUGAUUGAACUCGGAUCUCUUUGUGAACUUUGACCUUGUCUCACGUUAUUCUGACCCUGUCACCACUGAACUUGGUUUAUGAACUGUAGAGGCCAACUGGGAGGAAAUGACAUCAGAGGAACAUAGGGUCUAGUAUUUGUUGUGGGGGUGCUCCCGCCUCCUAGUGGUGUAAUGAGGGUAUUGCAAGAGUUUAUUACGUGGAUGAGGAUAUUUGAAUAAAAAAGUAAAAUAUAUGUUAAAAAUAUUUUUCAUCAACACGUCAGAAUUCAGAUAAAUAACAAAAAUUCUCCUUAUUAAUGUGAAAUAUUUAAGUUAAUUUUCUCAGUUUGUUUCACUAAAUAAAUAAAGUUCAGUGAUGCCGUUAUCAGGAUGAAGUGAGACUCGUGUUUUCUGUUUUGGUGCAGGAAGUCUGUAAGAAUCUGAAAUCGUACUACAGACGGUUUUAUAAAGUCUCCUCUGGAAAUGAAAAAACUAAAGGGACAUAAAACUCUCAGAUGGAAGUGCAAGCCUAGCGUAAAAAUGUCAACUUUCACAAUAUCUGGCUUGUGCCUAAUUUUUCACUGAUUACAAAUAAAAUGACUAAAACCAGGAUAAACGACCACAGCUUGGGACUCACUUGCAACGCAACGUUUGGUUAAAUGCUGCGGUUUCCUCCCAAAAGUGUCCCACUUCAGUGGCAUCCCAAAUGGAAAUGUUUCCGUUUUCCCACGUUGUCGUGUCCGAGUCCCUAACGUCUACAGCCCAGUGAGAUGGAUUUAAAUGCCUGUAUGGGUGCGUCAUGAGAGCAGGCUUACCUUUAAUUGGACCAUUUCUCUGCAGGCAGCCGCAUUCAUGUGUUGCACAGACAUCCCAGACCAAAGUGUCAGUGUAAUGUCCCUUCGAGGCACCCAUACUCAAAUUUAAAGUGCGUUAAACAGUUCGACAGAGAAGUCAUUGCUUCUUUGCUAAUGUAGCAGAUGAGCUGGAGGUCUUCUACAAGCUUUUAAAUGUUCAAGAUUCAUGUCCAUGUUUUAGUGAAGUCUGGAUGAUGUCACCAAACCGGUGACAUGUGAGCCAAAGGUUUCACGGACCUUGGAGCUUUUAAAAGAAGACGACGUGGUUCUUGCUGCGUUUAUGUGAAGUUGGGCGCAGGGCUGGGCCUAAUCGACUGUUUUUACUGUGUCCUGUACUUUUGUACUCAGUAUGUGAACAUGUUUUUAUUUCUUUUGACUGUUGUGGGUUGUAACCUGUGGAGAUGAAAAAAUAAAUAAAUGAAAUGAACGAAGAG